UUUUCUCCCAACAGGGCAAAAUCUCUGAUCAAGUCUACAACUAUCCAGAGGGCUUAGGAGAAGUGCUUUAUAGAGAACAGUUCGACUUCAACGCUGAGCCACCUUGGGAACCUAGCUGAUGAUAGUAGGGUUCCAUCUCCUAACUUGUCCAUUUUGUUGCAUAAUUUAAGGACCCGGAUAUAAGGCUUGGAAGCCCAUCCCUUGUGUUUCUUGGUUUAUGACUGUCGGCUUUGUGGAAUACGGCUGAGAUGAAAGGAUUUCUUGAGGAUGCAAAUUACUCCAUUGGUCUGUUGGAUGAAGGAGCAACUCUUGCAGAUGUUAUUGACAACUGUAUUUAUGAACAUACUCAUACUGGAAAAAGAGCAUUUUAUGUCGGUGAUCUUGGAAAGCUUGUAAAGAAGAACAUACAAUGGCAGAACGUGAUGGCACCAAUAAAACCAUUUUAUCCUGUAAGAUGCAAUUCUGCUCCAGGUGUACUUGAAAUUCUGGGAACCCUUGGUGUUGGAUUUGCAUGUUCCAGUAAAUCUGAAAUGGCAUUGGUACAAGACCUGGGCAUUUCUCCUGAAAAUAUUAUAUAUACAAAUCCUUGCAAGCAAGCUUCUCAGAUAAAGUACGCAGCGAAAGCUGGGAUAAACAUCAUGACUUGUGACAAUGAUACUGAGCUGAAGAAAGUUGCACGUAACCAUCCAAAUGCUAAGCUCUUACUGCACAUUGCCACAGAAGACAUUUCUGCUGAUGAAGAGAUGAAUAUGAAGUUUGGCACCACCCUGAAGAACUGUAGGCACCUCAUGGAAUGUGCUAAGGAGUUGGGAGUCCAAAUAGUUGGUGUCAAAUUUCAUGUUUCAGGCUCUUGCAAGGAGCUGCAAAUGUACAUUCAUGCUAUAUCUGAUGCUCGGUGUGUGUUUGACAUGGCUGAAGAAUUUGGCUUUAAGAUGAACAUGUUGGAUAUUGGUGGGGGCUUCACAGGUUCAGAACUUCAGCUGGAAGAGGUUAAUCACACCAUCAGGCCAUUGCUGGAUGUCUACUUUCCUAAGGAAUCUGGUGUUAAGGUGAUUGCAGAGCCUGGAUGUUACUAUGUUUCAUCUGCAUUUACACUAGCAGUUAACAUCAUUGCAAAGAAGACUGUUGAGUAUGAUAAACUUCUUCCUUCUGGAGUGGAGCAAACCAGGAAUGAAGAUGAACCAGUAUUCACGUAUUACAUAAAUGAUGGUGUUUAUGGUUCUUUUGCAAGUAAAUUGUCUGAGAAAUUCAAUACUAUCCCAGAGGUUCACAAGAAAUACAAGGAAGAUGAGCCUCUGUUCACAAGCAGCCUUUGGGGUCCAUCCUGUGAUGAGCUUGAUCAGAUUGUGGAAAGCUGUCUUCUUCCUGAGUUGAGCGUUGGAGAUUGGCUGAUCUUUGAUAAUAUGGGUUCUGGUACCUUAGGUGAACAGUCUACCUUUAACAACUAUCAGAGGCCGCUGAUUUACUACAUGAUGUCUUUCAGUGACUGGGAUGAGAUGCAAGAUGCUGGAAUUGCUUCAGACACAUUGAUGAAGAACUUCUUCUUUGUGCCUUCUUGCAAUCAGCUGAGCCCAGAAGACCGCUUUUCCACUGCAGCUUAAACAGGCAUUAACGCUUCAUGUAGACCUGCAGUUGCAAGUCUGUAGUUUGUCUGGUCAACAUUCCAGUCUGGAAGAAAUGGAACAAUCUUGAAUUCAAUUCAUUCUCUUCAAAACUUGAAAAAAUAGUGAUAGUUAAUGGGGACCAGGCAAAAAAGCUACAGCUACAAUUCACCGGGGGGUGGGAGGGUUAGAUAAUGGUGUCCAAAUUUAAAAUCAAGUUCAUUCAACCCCUGAGCGUUUAAAUAUGCAACAAAAUGGAUGACUUAGUGGAGAUGGAAACCCAUCACUUGGGUUCUUCAACAGUUUACAUACAAGUACACAGUUUUUAUACUAAGGAUUCCUGUUAGAAAAGUCUUGUAAAGUUAUGUCUUUCGCCCAGAUAUAUCAAAUGUCAGUGGGAGACCAGUGUGACUUCAUUAGAUGUUUAGUGUAUUUAGAAUGUGUAAAUUUGUGCUUUGAACUGUAGUUUAAUAAAUGUAAAAUUGCAUCAUAGUAUUUGUUGUAUUUGACCCUUGAUGUAUCCCUUGUAUGAUUGCAAUAAAACUUUGUGUAGAUUU